AUGCCGAGAGACUGCUCCGACCACCUGCUCAGGGGGCAGAGAAGAAGCAGGGUGUACCUGGUGACCCCUGACCUCCGCAGCAGGAGCUUCCCGGUCCUCUGUGACAUGGAGCUGAAUGGAGGAGGGUGGACGCUCCUGCAGCGCCGACAGGACGGCAGCGUGAGCUUCAACCGCACCUGGGCUGAGUACCGAGCAGGCUUCGGGGAGCUGGACGGAGGAGAGUUUUGGCUGGGCAACAAUAUGAUCCACCUGCUGACCCGGGACAGGGACAUGGUGCUGCGGGUGGAGCUGGAGGACUUUGACGGGGUGAUGGAGUAUGCAGAGUAUGAGCACUUCAGGGUGGCGAGUGAGCGGAUGCGCUACAGACUGUCGGUGGGCGGAUACUCGGGGACUGCAGGUGAUGCUCUCCGCUUCAGCAAAAGUUACGAUCACAACAACAGGGCGUUCACCACGCCGGACAGGGACCACGACCGCUAUCCAUCCGGGAACUGCGGGGCCUACUACAGCUCCGGCUGGUGGUUUGACGCCUGCAUGGCUGCAAACCUCAACGGGAGAUACUAUGAAGGGAGGUACAAGGGAGUCCGAGAUGGGAUUUUCUGGGGCACGUGGCACAACAUCUCCGCAGAGUAUUACCCCACUAACGACAGACAGUCUUUUAAAAUGGUCAGGAUGAUGAUCCGACCAAAGGGCUUCGCACCAUAAGCUGUGAUUCUCUACCAGCAUGUUUGAAAAGAAAAUAAACAUAAAGGGUCUAACUUCAAAAUCUGACAAGUUGGUCUUAAAAUA